AUUCCCGCGAGUGGUUCAUCGGACACAGGCACAGCGUUUCCUCACAUCCAUUCACUCACACUCGAUCGCUCGUACAGCCAACAUCUGACACAGUGCAGGAACAAACACAAGGUUGGCAAGGAAGAGAAGUACGCGAUCGACGUAUAUACAGUACAACUUUAAUGUAUGGAUCGCGCGCGUGUGCAGUACGGUGUAUUGUGUAAAGGAAUCAGUUGUGCGUAUGCGUAACCGGCUAUAUGGACGAACUUGAAGUCGAAAGAGAAAAAGGUGUGCGAGAGUAGACAGAGCGGCGGCGGCGAGCGCGGGUAAACGGGUCAGCAUUGGUAAGCACGAUUAGCCAAAAACGCGCAGUCGCGCGUUGAUCCUGUUGGGUGGGAGGCGAUCAGCUGUAAGCACGCGAGGAGCGAGAUGUUCGUCCUGCAGAGGUCUAUAUUAUCGCCCAGCAGCAGAAGUUGUACAGGAUCAUGGGCACGUAUGCUUCCUCCUACGCAUCCUGCUGUAAAGGAUAUUCAACAGAAAGAGAUUCACGAAGUAUCUGGCGAUGUGAUACCUAUCAAUAUGGUGAAAGGUAUCGGCCAUUUAAGGGAUCCUCGGCUCAAUAAGGGUUUGGCAUUUACUUUGAAAGAAAGAAUAUCUUUGGGUAUACAUGGUUUACAGCCUCCAAGAUUCAAAACUCAGGAAGAGCAAUUGGCUCUGUGCAAAGCUUCAGUUAUGAAGUACACAGAGGAUUUAAACCGUUAUCUUUAUCUCGUAGAACUGCAGGAAAGAAACGAGAGAUUAUUUUUCCGUCUAUUGAGCGAGAACAUCGAGCAAAUGAUGCCAAUUGUUUAUACCCCUACCGUUGGAUUAGCCUGUCAAAAGUUUGGUGUUAUCUAUCGCAGACCCCGUGGAUUAUUUAUUACGAUAUAUGAUAAAGGUCAUAUUUAUGAAAUCUUAAACAACUGGCCCGAGCAAGCGGUUCGAGCGAUUUGCGUAACAGAUGGAGAAAGAAUCCUCGGUCUCGGUGAUCUUGGAGCAUGCGGAAUGGGAAUUCCGGUAGGGAAAUUAGCUCUUUAUACCGCGCUCGCCGGUAUAAAACCGCAUCAAUGCCUUCCAAUUACGAUUGAUGUUGGCACGAACAAUGAACAGUUGAGAAAUGAUCCUCAUUACAUCGGUCUUAACAAGCCGAGGAGCCAUGGCGCGGAAUACGAUGAAUUGAUCGAUGAAUUUAUGGCCGCUUGUGUGAAAAAAUACGGUCAAAAUGUUCUCAUUCAAUUCGAAGAUUUUGGAAAUCACAACGCUUUCCUCUUAGAUAAAUAUCGCGACAAAUAUUGCACGUUUAACGAUGAUAUACAAGGCACUGCUGCAGUCGCGGUUGCUGGAAUUUUAGCAUCGAAAAGAAUAACUAAGAAAAAAAUAUCCGAAAACAAGUUCGUAUUUUUAGGCGCCGGCGAGGCGGCCAUUGGGAUAGCCAAUCUUUGCGUGAAAGCGAUGGAAGUAGACGGUUGUACCACGCAGCAAGCACGCGAUAACAUUUGGAUGAUGGAUAUCGAUGGAUUGCUGGUGAAAGAUCGGCCUGAAGGUAACCUGGAAGGUCAUAAGAUCUGGUACGCGAAACAAUAUAAAGUGAUGAAAUCGCUGUUGGAGGUCGUAAAAGAAAUAAAACCAUCCGUUUUGAUCGGUGCGUCAGCAGCAGCAGGAGCAUUCACUCCCGAAGUGUUGAAAGAGAUGGCCAAAAACAACGAAAGGCCUUUAAUUUUUGCGUUAAGUAACCCGACCAGCAAGGCAGAGUGCACGGCUCAACAAGCUUACGAUCACACAAAUGGAAGAUGUAUCUUUUCAUCGGGUUCCCCAUUCGGCGAUGUACAUUACGGAGGAAAAAUUUACAAGCCGGGUCAAGGAAACAACGCGUACAUUUUUCCUGGAAUCGCAUUGGGCGUCAUCGCAACUGGAUGCCAUCAUAUCACCGAAGAUCUAUUCCUUCUUUCAGCUCAGGCUGUUGCUGAUCACGUGAAAGACGAGCAUCUCGAAGUUGGUAGUGUUUAUCCACCAUUAGGCACUAUUCGUGAAUGCUCGAUCGACAUCGCCGUUCGAAUUGCCGAGUACGCUUACGCUAAAACUGGGUUGGCAAGUGAAUAUCCAGAGCCGAAGGACAAACGGGAAUUUAUUGUAAGUAAAAUGUAUGAUGCGAACUACGACAGUCCACUGCCAAACGUUUAUGACUGGCCAGGAGACUAUGCCAAACCUCGUGUUUUGCCGGAUAAAUUAUGACGUGUUGGCGACUCGAAAGACGAGACGACUGCUCUGACAUAUAUACAGUCAUUUUAAAAUUAAAUCAAAUUUCAAACAGAA